ACGUCUCGUCCCGACGACGUGCGGCCGGGAAGCGAGCGAGCGAGCGGAGACCCCCUCUCGGCUCGCCCAUGGAGUUCGGCAGCGGCGGACGCGACGCCCGCGCGCGGCGGCAGCUGCAGGCGGCCGGGCGCGCCGCGGCGUACCUCGGCGGCGGCUUCCUCCUCCUCUCCGCCGCGUCCUCCGCCGCCGUCCGCUCCCUCCGCUCCCUCUCCGACGCCAACCAGAGGAAAUUCGCGGCGCCGUGUGGCGCCUGCGAGGGGAAGGGGACCUACGCGUGCAGGCUCUGCAGGGGCAGCUCGACGAUCGAGUGGUCUCCGCUCCACGACCCGGUGUUCGUCAACCCGUGCCUCUGCCCUACCUGUGACGGGACUAGGGUGCAGCGCUGCUUGAACUGCCUUGGAAAAGGCUACGCUUGAAGGGGCAAUGCGUCCUUGCGUUUGGCUUAUCGUUGGCCACUGGGAUUUCCGCACGGUCAGUCUCUGUUCUUGCUAAAGUUUGGUGAGGACGUUUCAAGUGUUUACAGAUGUGGCUUGGUCUUGUGCUGAUGAAAUGCAAAUGAUAGGUGAUUGAAUUGGAUGGUUUGUGUCGAGGAAUUAGGCCUUUUUAGGGGAAGUUGAGAAAUUAGGCUUGUAAGGAGGAAUUUCUGGCCAAAAACUAAAACCAAAGACCAACGUGUAUAAUAAAAUGUGACUUUGAUUUUCCCUACCAUUUUUGUUUGUAUAGAAGAAAUAUAAUUAUGCUUUCUGAAUGUAUGCAGAAUAUUCAGAUGAUAGACAUAAGAUGCUUGAGAUUCUCUUUUGAUCCAUUGGGUUUUCUUGUAAAUAUGUAAUGAGGUUUUGCUACAAGAAUGGCUAAGUAUUAGUUGUUUUUGCUUUUCA